AUGUGGCGGCUAAGGAUCGGGGAGGAGGCCGGCGGCCAGCCGUGGCUGCGCACCACCAACGCGCACGCCGGCCGCCAGGUCUGGGAGUUCGACCCCGCUGCCGGCGGAGGCGCCCUGGACGACGUCGACGACGCGCGCCGCGACUACUCCAGCCGCCGGCACCAGCUCAAGCACAGCGCCGACCGCCUCAUGCGCUUGCAGUUCGCCGAGUUGGGUGCUCCCAAGCUGGACGUUCCUGGUAUCAAGCUCCAAGAGCAUGAAGAUGUCACCGAAGAAGCUGUUUUGACCUCUUUAAAGAGGGCAAUUGGACAGUUGUCUACUCUCCAAGCACAUGAUGGACACUGGCCUGGGGAUAUUGCCGGCCCUAUGUUCCUUCUGCCGGGCUUGGUAAUAGCACUGCAUUCAACUGGUGCUCUAAAUACUGUCUUAUCGUCAGAGCAUCAAAAGGAGAUACGCCGGUAUCUCUACAAUCAUCAGAACAAAGAUGGAGGCUGGGGAUUGCACAUUGAGGGCCCAAGCACCAUGUUCGGUUCUGUCUUGAACUAUGUUACCUUGAGAUUACUUGGAGAAGGAUCAGAUAGUGAAGAUGGAGCCAUUCAGUUAGCUCAGAAUUGGAUUUUGGAUCAUGGAGGAGCAACCUUUACAACAUCAUGGGGAAAGUUUUGGCUUUCGGUUCUUGGUGUAUUUGACUGGUCUGGUAACAAUCCAUUGCUUCCAGAACUAUGGUUACUACCAUACUGCCUCCCAUUUCAUCCAGGGCGCAUGUGGUCCCAUUGCCGAAUGGUAUACUUUCCCAUGUCUUAUAUAUAUGGAAAGAGGUUUGUCGGCCCAAUUACACCAACUGUAGUGAACUUACGGAAGGAGCUCUAUAAAGUACCCUAUGAUGAGAUAGAUUGGGACAAGGCUCGCAACCAAUGUGCUAAGGAGGAUCUGUACUGUCCUCAUCCACUGGGACAAGAUAUCUUAUGGACCACUCUUCACAAAUUUGUUGAACCAGUUCUGUCACAUUGGCCUGGAAGCAAAUUGAGGGAGAAAGCUUUGAAAAAUGCCAUGCAACAUAUUCAUUACGAAGAUGAGAACACCCAAUAUGUUUGCAGUGGUGCUGUAGGGAAGGUACUGAACAUGCUUUGUUGCUGGAUAGAAGAUCCUAACUCAGAGGAAUUCAAACUUCAUAUUCCAAGGAUCUAUGAUUACUUGUGGGUUGCUGAAGAUGGCAUGAAGAUGCAGGGUUAUAAUGGGAGCCAACUUUGGGACACAGCUUUCACAGUUGAAGCUAUACUGGCUACGGAACUCACAGAAGAGUUCUGUCCUACUCUUAAACUAGCCCAUGACUACAUAAAAAAUUCACAGGUUCUUCAUGACUGCCAUGGAGAUUUGAGUGACUGGUAUCGUCAUAUAUCUAAAGGUGCAUGGACCUUUUCUACCACCGAUCAUGCGUGGCCUGUAUCAGAUUGCACUGCAGUAGGAUUAAAGGCCUCAUUGUUGUUGUCAAAGAUUUCUCCGAAAAUGGUUGGGGUAUCAAUAGAAGCCAAUAGACUUUAUGAUGCUGUCAAUUGUCUGCUUUCUUGGAUGAAUGGAAAUGGUGGCUUUGCAUCAUAUGAACUCACCAGAUCUUAUGCUUGGCUGGAGUUUCUCAAUCCUUCUGAGAUCUUUGAGGACAUAAUGAUUGAUCAUCCUGUUGUUGAAUGUACUUCGGCAGUGAUCCAGGCCCUGGCUGCAUUCAGAAAGCACUACCCUGAGCAUCGAAGGGAGGAGAUUGACAAAUGCAUCCAUAAAGGCGAUAACUUCAUCCUGAGUAUUCAAAGGAGUGACGGCUCAUGGUACGGCUCCUGGGGUAUUUGUUUCACCCAUGGGACGUGGUCUGCAGUGAGAGGGUUAGUUGCUGCUGGAAGGACAUUCAAGAACUGUCCUGCUAUCAGGAAGGCCUGCGACUUCUUGUUGUCGAAAGAGGUUCCUUCUGGUGGCUGGGGAGAAAGCUAUUUGUCAUGCAGGGAUAAGGUUUACACCGAACUUGAAGGAAGGCGCCCCCAUGUAGUCAACACCAGUUGGGCCAUGCUGGCCCUAAUUGAUGCUGGGCAGGCCGAGAGAGACCCAGGGCCUCUGCACCGGGCAGCGAAGGUCUUGAUCAACCUACAGCUAGGGGAUGGCGAGUUCCCUCAGCAAGAGAUCAUCGGCAUCUUCGCCAGAAACUGCGCCAUCACCUACUCCCAGUACAGGAACAUCUUCCCUAUCUGGGCGCUCGGAGAGUACCGCUGCCGUGUCCUGGGCAGCAGAGCACCGGAGGGACAUGGCGAUGCCUAG